CCGCGAGGGAAGAAGCGCACGCGCGUAUCCAUCCAUGGCCGAUUACCUGAUCAGCGGCGGCACCGGCUACGUGCCCGACGACGGGCUCACGGCGCAGCAGAUGCUCAACUGCGGAGAUGGGCUCACCUACAAUAACUGCGCAGAUGAUCCCAGCCCUUGCAAGAGACCAUGGAGCCAGAAUAUAAUUGAUUUCCUUAUACUCCCUGGCUACAUAGACUUUACUGCAGACCAAGUGGACCUGACUUCUGCUCUGACCAAGAAGAUAACCCUGAAGACUCCCUUGGUAUCCUCCCCUAUGGACACUGUAACAGAGGCCUGCAUGGCCAUUGCAAUGGCGCUCACAGGUGGAAUUGGAUUCAUUCAUCAUAACUGUACCCCAGAAUUCCAGGCCAACGAAGUGCGGAAAGUUAAGAAAUAUGAACAAGGAUUUAUCACGGACCCAGUAGUGCUGAGCCCCAAAGAUAGCGUGCGAGAUGUUUUCGAAGCGAAAGCCCGCCAUGGGUUCUGCGGCAUCCCUAUAACAGAUAAUGGGAAGAUGGGCAGCCAACUCGUGGGGAUUAUCUCAUCCCGAGACAUCGACUUUUUGAAGGAAGAAGAGCAUGACCUGCCUCUCAGCGAGAUCAUGACCAAUCGGGAAGACCUCGUUGUAGCACCUGCAGGAGUUACGUUAAAGGAAGCUAAUGAAAUCUUGCAGAGGAGUAAAAAAGGAAAACUGCCCAUCGUUAACGAGAAGGGGGAGUUGGUGGCCAUAAUUGCACGCACGGAUCUGAAGAAGAAUCGGGACUACCCGCUUGCGUCGAAAGAUGCCAAGAAGCAGCUGCUCUGUGGGGCUGCCAUUGGGACCCAUGAAGAUGACAAAUACCGUCUCGACUUGCUAGUGCAAGCUGGUGUGGAUGUUGUUGUGCUGGAUUCCUCUCAGGGGAAUUCCAUCUUCCAAAUCAACAUGAUCAAAUACAUCAAGGAGAAAUACCCUGAGCUGCAGGUCAUUGGAGGCAACGUGGUGACGGCGGCUCAGGCAAAGAACUUGAUUGACGCCGGGGCUGAUGCCCUGAGGGUUGGCAUGGGCAGCGGCUCCAUCUGCAUCACGCAAGAAGCUGCUCCAAAGAUCCCUCCAGACCUAAAGUCCCACAGCCCCAAAUGCCCUUCCACAGUCACUGGCACCUAUAUCCUGGCAUGUGGGAGGCCUCAGGCCACAGCAGUCUACAAAGUGUCCGAGUACGCCCGGAGGUUUGGUGUGCCGGUGAUUGCGGAUGGCGGCAUCCAGACUGUUGGGCACAUCGCCAAGGCACUGGCGCUUGGCGCUUCCACAGUGAUGAUGGGCUCCCUUCUGGCCGCCACAACAGAAGCCCCUGGCGAGUAUUUCUUUUCUGAUGGGAUCAGGUUGAAGAAGUACCGGGGCAUGGGGUCACUUGAUGCCAUGGACAAGAAUCUGGGCAGCCAGAAUAGAUACUUCAGCGAGACAGAUAAAAUUAAAGUGGCACAGGGGGUCUCUGGCGCUGUGCAAGACAAGGGCUCCAUUCACAAGUUCAUGCCGUACCUGAUUGCUGGCAUCCAGCACUCCUGCCAGGAUAUCGGAGCCAAGAGUCUAACGCAAGUGAGGGCCAUGAUGUAUUCUGGAGAGCUGAAAUUUGAAAAGAGGACGGCAUCUGCCCAAGUAGAAGGAGGGAUUCAUGGCCUCCAUUCGUAUGAAAAACGCCUUUUCUGAUGGAAAGUCCCUUUCACUUUUCCUGAGCCUCAUUUUUGCCCUGUGGUGCCUGACCUUUGCUGCCAUGAUCAUAAACUGCUCCCUUCACAGAAGUGCCAUUUUGACGGAGGGGUGGAGCCGCCUGCUACUGCCCCUUCGCAUUAUCAGCCGCUUUGACCAAGGUGCUGAAGGUAAAACGCAUCAGCCUAUUCCAGAAGUGUCAGCUGAACGAGGCUCUGGAGAGGGGUCCUGUGUAUGUCUCGUGUCUAUUUCUUUUUUACAAUAAAACAAAGAGGCAAGAGGGCCUCUUCCAACUUCUUCCUUGUGCAAUUACA